AUGGUUAAACGUAUUUUAAGUCAUCAUAGUAUCAAUACUGCCGAUCGCGAUGAAAAUGAUAUGGCACGAAGAGAUUUAUUGGAAUGUAGUCCACUAACAGAUAAACGUGCAAGUUCAGCACCUAUGAUAGAUAAUGGUUUAGCUAUUGACGAUGAAGAAGAAGAAGAUCCUCAUCAUCUUGGUGUAAAAAAGAAACAGAGUAUAACUAUAAUUAAGGUUAAAACAACUGAAUUAGCAAUUAAUAAAUCAGGUGCAGAAUUAACAGAACCACGUGAACAAUGGAGCGAAAAACUUGAUUUUCUUUUAUCUAUUAUUGGUUUUGCUGUUGAUCUUGCUAAUAUAUGGCGUUUUCCAUAUUUAUGCUAUAAAAAUGGUGGAGGUGCAUUUCUUAUUCCAUAUGUUCUUUCAGUUAUACUCGGUGGUAUGCCUCUAUUUUAUUUGGAACUUUUACUUGGACAAUAUUAUCGACAAGGUGCAAUAACAUGUUGGAGAAAAAUUUGUCCAUUAUUAGCUGGAAUUGGUUGGGCUGUUACUAUAAUUGCAUUUUAUACUGAUUUUUACUAUAAUGUUGUCAUAUCAUGGGGUUUAUACUAUUUAUUUUCAUCACUCAGAAAAAUAUUACCAUGGAGUGAAUGCCAUCAUCGAUGGAAUACAAAAGAUUGUUCAACAGUUAAAACUCGACGUCAAUUUUUAGAGAAUUGUAUUAAUCAAUUCAAUGAAACAUUUAAUAAUACAAUCGAUUAUUUAGCAACAAAUUAUAAUGAACAAAAAUCAUUUGAAAAAAGUAAUUUAUAUGAAAAUUGUUCAGAAUUAUUAACACAACAAAAAAUUGUAUCACCAGCUCAAGAAUAUUUCCAUUUACAAGUUUAUCGUUUAAAUCAAACAAGUAACCUUAGUUUAGAAAAUUUAGGAAAUAUCAACUGGGAAAAUGUCGGUUGUCUUGGUCUUAUCUAUCUUAUCUGCUAUUUUUCAAUGUGGAAAGGUGUUAAAUCAUCAGGCAAAGUUGUUUGGUUUACUGCAUUAUUUCCUUAUGUUGUAUUAACAAUUUUAAUGGUACGUGGUCUUUUCCUAAAUGGUUCAAUGAAAGGUAUCGAAUAUUAUAUACGUCCAGAUUUAAGUAAACUUAAUGAAGCAUCUGUAUGGGUUGAUGCAGCAUCACAAACAUUUUUUUCAUUGGGACCUGGUUUUGGUGUAUUAAUGGCAUUUGCAAGUUAUAAUGAUUUUCAUCAUAAUGUUUUUCGAGAUGCAAUGAUAACUGUAGCAGUCAAUAGUUUAACAAGUUUUGCAAGCGGUUUCGUCAUAUUUAUGUUUUUGGGUUAUAUGAGUGAAAUAUCAGGACGAGCAAUAAAAGAUGUUGCUGAACAAGGAUCAACACUUGUAUUUAUUGUCUAUCCAGAAGCUAUCGCAACGAUGCCAUGGGCACCUGUUUGGGCCGUAUUCUUUUUUCUAAUGUUAUUAACACUUGGUCUAGAUUCAUCGUUUGGCGGAAGUGAAGCAAUAAUAACAGCAUUGAGUGAUGAAUUUCCGGUUCUACGACGACAUCGAGAGUGGUUUGUUGGAAUCCUAUUUUUAUUCUACUUUAUUGUCGGAAUUCCAAGUUGUACGGAUGCCGGAGUUUAUUUUGUAGAAUUAUUACAAAAUUAUGCGGCAUUCUAUUCAAUUAUUAUCGCAGUCUUUUUUGAAGCAAUAGCGGUAUCAUGGUUUUAUGGUAUAGAUCGUAUAAGUGAAGAUGUUAAACAAAUGCUCGGUUCGAAACCAGGACGAUUUUGGCUUACAACAUGGUGUGUUGUUGCACCUAUAUUUCUUGGAGGUAUUAUUCUUUCGGGUUUAAUUCAACAUCAGAGUCCGUCGUACGGAAAACCAAGUGAUCCAUUUUUUUAUGAGUAUCCAGCAUGGAGUCAUCUCCUUGGUUGGAUGUUUGCAUUAUCAUCGAUAAUAUUUAUUCCAGCUGUUGCUAUUUAUCAAUUAUUAAUUGAAAAAGGAUCAUUAGCUCAGCGAUUUCGUCUGGCUACAACACCAUGGAAAGAUCGACAAAAUCAAAAUCCUGAUAUCCUUAUAAAAGAAUUUUGUGAAACAGACGAUUGUCGUCGUGGCGAUUGUGAGUUAAUACGACAUUCCGAUGGAUCAAUAAAGAAAGCGUGUCAUUGUGCUAAAAAUGUUUGCGGUGAAACAUGUCAACGUCUAUGUAAUACCACUUCUGUAUGUGAUAUUAAUCCAUGUUGGUUUGGUGGUAUAUGUGUUGAUGUAGCCAAUCAUGAUUUCGUUUGUUUAUGCCCACCGAAUCAUUCUGGUAAAGAUUGUCGAAUAUUACUUUCAUGUCAAACAAAUAGUUGUUUAAAUAAUGGAAAAUGUUUUCAAACUGUUUAUGGUGCACGAUGUAAUUGUACGGAAGAUUAUUCUGGUGAUUAUUGUCAAUAUAAAAAAACGAAAUUAAAAGCUAAAUCAAAUGAUGAUUUACCACAUGUUGAAUAUAAACAAUUUGAUGCUGAAACAUUAGCUGUUAUUGCUAGUUUAGGAAGUACAUCAAAUGAUAAUAAUAAUCAACGAAAAAGUGAUCUAACUGAUAGUGUUAUUGUACCAGCAAGUAAUCAUUCACAAUUUGUUUUUUGUUUAACCAAUCCAUGUGAAAACGGUGGAACUUGUUUUGUAACAAAUACUGCAACAACAAAAGGAAUUUGUGUAUGUCGUGAUGGAUAUAUGGGUGAUUAUUGUGAAAUCUUAUUGAAUAAUACAAUAAAUGGUCUUAAAAUUCCAACGGGUUAUUGUUCAUCAAGUCCUUGUUUGAAUGAUGGAAGUUGUGUUGAAAUUGGAGAUUUACAAGGCUAUUGUCGAUGUACAGCAGAAUAUCGAGGUCUCUAUUGUGAAAUAUCUGUACGUGCUGUUAGUUGUAAUCCAAAUCCUUGUAAAAAUGGUGGAACUUGUAUUUUAUUAGAAAAUAAUCAAGCACAAUGUUUAUGUACACCCGUAUUUCGUGGUUUAACUUGUAAUCAAUUUAGUUAUGUACCAUGUGGAGAUGCAACAUGCCAUGGUACACAGGGUAUUUGUGUAGCAAAUAAAUGUAUUUGUAAAACUGGUUUUGCUGGACCAAGAUGUGAUUCAACAGAUUUUUGUUCAGCAUAUCCUUGUUUAAAUGGAGGUACAUGUAUUCGAACGAAUGAAGAACCAUAUGGUGGUUGUAGUUGUCCAGUGGAAUUUUCAGGACCAACAUGUAGUAAUGAUCCAUGCACUCCGUCACCCUGUUUGAACGGUGGUUAUUGUAUACGAAAACCAGAUAAUCAAUUCUAUUGUCAAUGUCGUAAUAAAAAUAAAGGAGUUUAUUGUGAACAGGUGGAAUGUUUUCCAUCGGAUGCAACUGUUGAUGUACUUAAUAAUGGUAAAAUAUCAUUAUCAUCUUUACAAAUUGGUACACAAGUUCGUGUUAUAAAUGAAGAAAAUCAAAUAAUUUAUUCUCCAAUUAUUGCUUUUCUUCAUCGUGAACUUGAUGAAUAUGCUUUAUAUAAACGUAUUCAAACAAAUAAUUCAUUUAUUGAAUUAUCAAAACGACAUUUAAUUCAUCAUCGUAAAAAUGGUUUUAUCUGGGCAGAAAAUUUAAUUGAAGGUGAUGAAAUACUUGUUUCAGCAUCAAUUCAUACAAAUGAAACACAAUGGGAAGAAAUUGUGGAUAUAACUGAUGUUUAUAAACAAGGUCUUAUGGCUCCAUUAACUGAACAAGGAACUAUUAUUGUUAAUAAUAUUCAUGCUUCAUGUUAUGCUCUAGUUAAAUCUCAUAGAGUAGCUCAUUUUGCAUUAGCACCAUAUCGAUUAUAUCAUCGAUUAUUUGGUCAAUUAUCAGAUAGAAAUACAAUGACAACACCAAUACUUUCCUAUGCUAAUCUUUUGCUUCAUUUUUUCAAAAAUUUACCGAUUGCUAAAGAUCUUAUUUUUUGA